AUGAACGCUGCAGUCCACGGCACCGGCAUCACGCCGCUGGUGGCGUCGCCCCUGCCGCCCGCCGCCAGCAUGGGACGGGAAACGAGCCAGACAGACCCGCAGCUGCUUGAGGAGCUGCUCCCAUUCCUCGACACCAGCAGCGAGGGGCACAUGGGCACUACAGGCCAGCAGCGCUGCGCCCUGAGCCUGGCAAAGUCGAUCCUCGGCGCUGGGCUGGUGGCCGUGCCUCACGCCUUCCUGCUGCUUGGCGCAGUGCCCGCCACUGCCGCCUUCCUUGCAGUUGCGGCUCUAAUGCUGUACUCGUGCCGCUGCCUGGCCGCGGCAUCCCACGCCACGGCCCAGCUGUCCUACAGCGGCGUGCUGGCGGCGCAGCUGGGUCGCAGGGCGGCAGCGGUGCUUGAUGUGUUCAUGGUCCUCAACUGCUUCGGCAUGAUGGUGGUCUAUGUGAUAGCUGCUGGGGAUGCUGUGGUGCCAGACGCCGAGUGGCUGGGCAACGGCGUCCCCGCCUGGCUGCGCGCCCUGCUCUCGAGCCGCCCAACGCUGCUGGGCCUGCUCACCUUGCUCAUCCUGGCACCGCUGCUUUCCUUCAGGCAGCUCAAGCAGACAACCCUGGUCAGCGCUCUGGGAGUUGCUGCGGUGGCCCUGUGGGCUAGCAUCACCCUGUACCUGGCUGCCAUCCUGGCGCUGACGUGGGAGCUGCUGCACGAGUCCUGGCAGCACGCAAUGCUGCAGCUGGCGGCGGUGCUGCCGGUGCUCAUCAUGGCCUUCAUGUGCCAGAUGUCUUUCUUUUCUGUUCUGCGUGAGCUGGAGGCGCCUGCCUCGCCCCGCCGCAUGACGAACACGGCAGGCGGUGCCCUGGUCCUCAGCCUGGCCGUCACACUCGUUCUGGCGGCAAGCAGCGAGGCCGUGUUUGGCGGCAGCAUUGGCCACAACGUGCUCUCCAGUUUCAGCGUGGCCAACAUAAGGUGUGUGGCCGAGGAGUUUGGGGACUGGCAGUUUUACGCGCUGACCUAUGGCAUCCUCGCAGCGGUCUACCUCGUGGCAGUUUCGCUGCCAUCAGUCUGGAAGCCACUGCAGCUGCUGGGCGCCACAGCGGGGGCUGUGAUUGCCUGCGUUCUGCCCGGCUGCUUGGCGCUGAGCCUGGUGCACUGGAGGCUGUGGAGUGGGGCGGGCGCUGGAGGCGUGCUUCUGAUAGCGUUGGGACUGGUGCUGGCGGUGGCGGGCAUUGCGAAGCUGCAGAACUGUCGCGGCGGCGAGUCGGCCAUCGGCAACGCCUAG